CAGGAACAUUCAUGUACGGUUCAUGGGUUGGCGUCGGUUUUGGCUCUUCUUCCUCUUCUUCUUCUAACGUUCUUGUAACCGCCAUUUUUUUCUGUUCAUUACGAAAUGACAGAAACGUCACUCUCCGAACAGCACACAAAACAACGCGCGUUCGAGAAAGGGGGUUCGGAAAGGGAAAUCUGCGUUUCACACAGGUUUUGCGGAAGGGACGCGUGUGUUUUGUGUAACACCACAAACCUAAUAUAAAAUGAACGUAGUACCGGCCUCGACCAAGCGGCUGGUGCUUUCGUUAUAUCGCGAUUUGCUUCGGUACGGCGCCCAGCUGCAGCACACCGACCAGGACUACUUUCUCAACCGCAUUAGGCGCGAAUUUCGUCAGUCGGCGUCACUGACCGACCCGAAAGAGAUUGAGUUCUGCUACAAGCGAGGACGCGCUCUACUCGAUCGGGCCCGGGUGAUAUAACAUGCUCGGCCUGCUGCGAUGUGUCGCUCUUGAAUCGACCGCACAGUGGAAGGCUCUUUCCGCAUCCCCAUGGCGACGAUGCCUCUCGAAAGCCAUCGAUCACAGCCGGGUGCCGGUGCUGCGCGAUGAAGAUCUGGAGGAAUCGUUCGUGCGGGGCAGUGGACCGGGUGGACAGGCAGUUGCCAAGACCAACAACAAGGUGGUGCUGACGCACAAACCGACCGGGAUCGUCGUGCAGUGCCACACAACGCGGUCGCUGUUUGAGAAUCGUCGCGAAGCGCGCAAGAUGCUGAUCGGCAAGCUGGACCAACUGUACAAUGGCGAUCAGUCGGUGGAGGCGCAACUCCAGCGGAUCGAAGCCAAGAAGCAGACGGAAACGGCAAGACGCAAGCAAAAGCUGCAGGCAAAGAAAAAGGCUUGGAAAGAGCGUGAAUUUGGUGACGAGUCGGACAAGAGUAGCUAAACCAAAUGGCGGGUAGUCUUUAAUAAACGCUUAAUGUUUUACAA